GUGCAGGCUCUCUGUAACUCCAGACCCAACGGGAAACUCACCAAGAAGGAUGAACCUCUGGUAGAGAAAAUUCUUGCCUUGGGGAAAUCUGGCGAGAGUGAAAGAAAGGUGUUCACGCAUGGUGAUCUGCACCAAAGCAACAUUAUGGUGGACGAGAAUGUCAUAACUGGAGUCAUUGACUGGGGUGCAGCUGGCUACAGUAUAAUGGCAAGAGAAUACUUUGGCUUACGGUGGCAGGCUUUGGGUCUAGAGUGGAGAGAUCUCAUUUCUACCAUAGUCGAAGCUGACAAGUAUGGUUUUUGGGCUGAGGUUAAUCAAUCAAUGGGGGAAUAUACUGGCUUCUGAUUUCUAUAU